AUGAAAAUUCGUCCCAGUACCAUAUAUCGAAAUCUCUUCUACGCUAUUGGAAGCUUCUUAGUAUUCUACACGGCCUAUCAAAUCUUCGCUUAUAGCGAUGGGUCGCAUGUUGAUGUUCAUCGCCGUCAAAAACAUCUAUAUCUCACUGUGUCGAAAGACAGGAUCGAACACAGGUUCGAGAAACUAGCUCCAAAACGAGUACUUAUGUGGACCACGAUUUUUGGCGCUGAAAAGCCCAUAGAUUUCAGUGAUUGCAAAGGAUUUUCGGAUCGCUGUAUUGUGACGUAUAACAAGUCCCUGAUUACGGCAGCUGACGCAGUGGUGUUUCAUGCACAGGAUAUCCCGAAUGCGCCGCUUCCAGAGGCGCGACUUCGACGUCCGCAGCAGCGCUAUGUGUUUCUCAGUAUGGAGACACCUGGCAACAGUGGAAGGCAUGCUGUCCCACGUGCGUACUAUUUCAUUCAAAAAAAUGCUACACAUACAGAUUGA